ACAAUGUCGAAUUUCAAGGAACAACCAAACGUAUUGAUUCCCGAACAGGAGUCGAAAUCGCUUCCUCCACUGACACAAACAACAGAACAGGAAUCAAGUGAGGAGCCUUUUGUAUUUGUUACUCGCAAAAAAAAGGGCUGCAAACAGAGGAAGUCUUUUUCGAGUCCUAGCUCCCUAUCUCAACCUUCUCUAUUUCGAACGCCAUUUGAUAACGAUAUUAAUGAAAGUACAAGAGAGAGCAGCAACAUGCCUGGAUGGCGUGGGAAAAAGCCACCGACGAUCAAGAAGAACAGUCAGCGAUCUAGGAUAGCGGGAUUUCGAGGAAUGGAAUCUGAAAGGACUAUCGACUGGGGUCUUACCAUGAUGGAGAGUAGGAUUACAACAUUAAAGCAGUCUAGAUUCUAUCAGGCAUUUCAAGAAUUGGUGGAAUUGACGCUCAUUCCCUCGUGCAGAAAACAGAGGCGUAAGUCGGCCAGUGAUGAGCCAUGGGAUCGCCCAUUGGCAACGCAAAUAGCAAAUGAGGAGCAUAUUAAUUCAAAGAACCACUGCAAGACUGUAUCAGACAACGAAAACGAUGAGUCAUUGUCGAUGGACUACUUCGGAGAAGCACAAGGAACGGGCAUAAACCCUAUGGACAGCCAGAUUCAAAAUAAUUCAAUCCUAGAGAUGGUUUUUUACGGCAUUGGAUCAAUUGAGAACUCGCGAAACUCUCAGUUUCAGUUGGCCUUGGGAAUUUGCUUGAAAGAGAUAUUACAGGUCACAGGAGCGAUAUCAAUAUUCGAUCCAAUUAUGACAGAGUACGACAAGGAACUUGUCGAAAAAUUGGGACUACAGGUAUUGAAGGUGAAUGAUCAGGCCAAGAAAGUGAUCAAAACAAGGACGCUUUUAUAUAUGCCUCACUGUCCCAAAGGACUAUACUCCCACGUCCUGGAAUCCAACUGGGAACGGGAACGACUGAACAAUAUGGUAAUCCUUGGCAAUCGGUUCACUAUGUAUGAUGAAAGUCCAUCAUUCAAGCAAUUAGCCAAACAAGCGCCAUUUAUUUUACCAGCGCUCUCGAUUGCACAGAUAUCACCCUUUCCUGACGUCAAGUUUGAAGAUAAUACGAUAUUUAACGAUCUAGCCUUCCAUAUUUUCCCCACUAGCGAGACUGUUCCUGAAGUAAGCCUUUUAGAUCAGGAGCCUGAUCCAGAAAUUUUGUAAAGUCCUUUUUACUAUGUAAUGUACAAAAUAUUUAUUACUAUUAAAUGAUUACGAAGCUGAUAGUAGGUAUGAGGUAUCAAUAAAGAAAGACUAGGAU